AUGUCGUCAGAUAGAACUUCCACUUCUUCUGCUGAUCAUGUUGACCAUGAGAAAGCAGCACGCUUGGAUGUGGUCACCAAUGAACAAUCACUUGUCGAUGACGACGAAUACGACUACGAUGAUCCCAAAAACUACAGUACCAACUACGUUGAUGAGUACAAUCCAAGAGGGUUGAGAGUUCCAACCAAAUCGGAAGAGGAAACUUUGAGAAGAGUCAUUGGUAAGAUCAACUACGCCAUCUUUCUCAUUUGUGUUGUUGAGUUUGCAGAAAGAGCCUCAUACUACUCCGUUACUGGUAUUUUGACAAACUUUAUCCAGAGACCAUUGCCAGAGAACUCGCCACAUGGAUGGGGUGCUCCGCAAUCUGACGAUGGAAGUGAAAGUGCUGGUGCUUUGAACAGAGGGUUACAAGCUGCAAGUGCUUUGACAAACUUGGUUACAUUCUUGGCUUACGUCGUGCCUUUGUUUGGUGGUUAUUUGGCCGAUACCACUUGGGGUAGGUGGAAAACCAUUCAGUGGGGUGUUGUGUUUGGUGGUAUUUCUCACGUUUUGUUUAUUGUCUCUGCAGCUCCAAGUGUUAUUGCUAAUGGAAAAGCUGGUUUGGCGCUUUGUAUUCUUGCCAUCUUUACUUUGGCUUUUGGUUCCGGAUUUAUCAAGCCUAACCUUUUGCCAUUGAUGUUGGAUCAGUACCCGGAGUCUGGAAACAGGGUCAAGGUUUUGAAAAGCGGGGAAAAAGUUCUUGUUGACAGGGAAAAGACCUUGGAUAGUGUCACCUUGAUAUUCUACUGGGCAAUCAACAUCGGAGCAUUUUUUCAACUAGCAACAUCCUACUGUGAAAGACGUGUUGGAUUUUGGCUUGCAUUUUUUGUGCCUUUGGUACUUUAUCUUUUCAUGCCAAUUGCAUUUUGGCUUGUUAAACCAAGAUUGGUUUUUGAAAAACCAAGUGGUUCAAUUAUUGGAUUCGUUCUCAAGAUCCUUGUUGUAUCCUUCUCGGGUAACUUUGUCAAGCGUAUAUUCAACGGUACAUUUUGGGAAUAUGCAAAGCCAUCAGCCAUGAGAGCAAGAGGCCGCGAAUACUUCAACACCAAGAAACAAACUCCUAUCAACUGGACUGAUCAACAUGUUCUUGACGUCAAGCAAACUUUUGAUGCUUGUAAGUUGUUCUUUUACUACAUCUUUUUCAAUUUGGCCGAUAAUGGAUUAGGUUCAGUGGAAACGUCAUUGGCAGGAGCAAUGAAUUUGAAUGGUGUUCCAAAUGAUUUGUUCAACAACUUUAACCCACUUGCCAUCAUUGUUGUCAUUCCAAUCUUGGAUUAUAUCAUCUACCCACUUUUGAGAAAGUAUAGAAUCAAUUUCAGACCAAUCCACAGAGUCUUUUUGGGUUUUGUCAUUGCAGCCAUGUCUCAAGUUGCCGGUGCUGUUUUGCAACACCGUGUCUACCAAACUUCUCCAUGUGGUAAUCACUCAACCAACUGUCCAGACCCAUCCCCAAUCAGUGCUUGGCAAGCUUCAUCCGUCUACAUCUUGUCUGGUACAUCUGAAUGUUUUGCCAUGACCACAAUCUAUGCACUUGCUUAUACUAGAGCCGCACCUUCGAUGAAGGGACUUACCUCGGCCUUGUUCUUGUUGACGUCGGCAAUCAGUGCUGCAAUCAGUUUGGCAGUUACCCCUGCAUUGCAAGACCCAUACUUGGUCAUUGUGUUUGCUGUUAUUGGUGGAGUUGCAUUCUUGGCUGGGUUAGUCGUUCUCGUCCAAUUCUUCAAUUUGCACAAGACUAUGGAAGAAGAAGAAAAGGAGAGAAUUGCCUUGGGGGGCUCGGUUGUUCCUGAAAAAAUCACACCAAGUGGUGAAGCGUUGGCACCAGUUAGCAGUGUCCACUCUAGGUAUCCUUUGGAUGCAGUUAGAUCUCUUCAAUCUAGAUAA